ACCAAACGAGCCUUCUUUCGAGAUGAUUGUUCAUCAUCUUCUUUUACUUUCUCAUCCUCACUUAGUUCCUUCCUUUUCUGACCUCUAUUUUCUGAUACGGUGCCGCCAUGACUACUGCCUUCUCCACCAUAUCAUAGGAUUUAAUCCUUAAAAUUUAAAACAGAAUCCAUUCCCGUUUAUUCGUGUUUUUGAAUUCAAUCUCAGAACCCGUUUCCCAUCUCGUUGUUCAAUUGCUCUAAUAGCAGUGGAAUUUGUCCGUCAAGAACCUGUCAUGUUUGGGAGUGGGAGAGAUUGAGAUUGCGGUGGUAGAGUUGUUCCUUCUCCUUUUCCGGGCGUACCUGAAGCAGAAUAUAUGGCCAACUUAAAUGAAGUUUCGUCGGUGAACAACAUUGAACCUGAAGCAGAAGUUGAACAAGUGGAUGAGAUUGACUACUCUGAACCCAUUUUAGAUGAUGAUGGCAGUGGCAGUAGAAACAGUGACAGGAAUAGCAUGGAAGUGGAAGGUGAUGAUAACAUUACAAUGGAAACUUAUGGUAAUAACAUGGAUAGUGAAGGUGAUUACGAUGUUUCGAAUGCUGAUCUAAACGAGGUACCAGGACACAUUGCAGCCAAUUUAAGAAGGAAUUACAAUUAACAUUGAUGGUGUACAAGACAUGGGCAAUGUGAAUUUCAAGAUUUUAAAUGGCAACAAUCUUAAGAUGUACAGGUUUUCAAGCCGGGAGGUUGCAUUCCUGUUUUAUAAUAUGUAUGCUAGAGUGAAAGGAUUCUCUGCACGUAAGGACAAGUUGUUGAGAGACAAAAAUCGUCAGAUCAUACAGCAAAAUUUUGUGUGCCACAAGCAAGGCCGCCGAACAAAUAUAUUUGGGGAUGAGCGUACUCGAAAGCGAGAACCUAUGAAGGAUAUCAGGUGUGGGUGCAGGGCUGAAUGUCGGGUUCACAUUGACUGCAAUAGUAAUAGGUGGUAUGUGAAAUACUUUGAUGAUGAACAUAACCAUCUCCUGGUCCGUGCCAAUCAUGCAGGUUUGCUACCACGCCACAGAAGGAUGCAGGAUGCUGACAUUAUGCACAUGAACCACAUGAGGAGGGCUCAAAAUGGAAUUCGUAACAUAUAUGGCUCCUUUGCUAACCAAAUGGGUGGAUAUGAAAAUGUGCCAUUCUCAAUCCAUGCCAUGUAUAAUGAAGUGGAUAAGCAGAGGAAAAAAGAACUUCCUGAUGGAAGAGGUGCGCUGGCUUAUUUACGGAGUCUUAAAAGAGAUGACCCUGACAUGUAUUGGAGGCACGUUACAGACGAGCGUCGCAGGCUAGUACAAAUAUUCUGGACAGAUGGUCAUUGUCAGAGGGAUUAUUCGGUAUUUGGGGAUGUUUUAGCAUUUGAUGCAACUUAUAAAAAAAAAAAAUAUUGUUGUCCACUAGAGGUGUUUUCUGGCAUCAACCAUCACAACAAAACCAUUAUUUUUGGUGCUGCAGUUGUAUCUGAUGAGUCCAAGGAAACUUAUGUGUGGGUGCUUGAGCAAUUUUUGGAUGCAAUGAAAGGUAAAAUGCCAACAUCUGUUAUAACUGAUGGAGACAAAGCCAUGAAGAAGGCUAUCGAAAUUGUUUUUCCUAACUCCUACCACAGAUUGUGUGCAUGGCACUUGAUACAGAAUGCGACCCGUAAUAUUAAAAUCCCCAAAUUUCUUCCAUUGUUUAAAAACUGUAUGUUUGGUGAAUUUAGUGUUGCUGAAUUUGAGAGAAAAUGGGAAGACAUGGUGGCAGUGUGUGAAGUUCAAGAUGAAAGCUGGGUGAAUGAGAUGUAUGAAAAAAGGACGAUGUGGGCCACAUCACACUUUCGAGGUAAAUUUUUUGCCGGGUUUAGGACCACAUCUCGUGCUGAAGGGUUGAAUUGUCAAAUUGGCCGAUAUGUGAAUGUUCAGAGUAAUUUGAAAGAAUUUAUGGAGAGCUUCAACAGGUGCACUGACUAUUUCAGAUUCAAAGAAAUUGAAGAUGAUUUAAGAUCAAUGGAGGGUGAACAAGUUUUGAUCACGCCAUUGGUAGGACUUGAGAGGUCGGCAUCAAAUAUCUAUACCAGGGAAAUAUUUAUUUUGUUUAGAACUGUUCUAUCAAAUGCAUCCACAUUCAGGGUUUUGGGGAAGAAACGAACAGCAACUCGCGUCAUCUAUUUUGUGGGCAAGUAUAAAAGUCAUAAUCGGGAGUGGAAUGUUUCAUAUUGCCCAGUUAAAAUUGAUUUCAAAUGCUCCUGUCUAAAAAUGGAGUCUGUAGGGAUUCCAUGUAAUCAUGUGGUAGCUGUUAUGUUAGCCCUCGAUAUGGGUGAGAUCCCUGAAUCAUUGAUUUUGGGUAGGUGGACAAAACAUGCUAAGGAAUCUGUUAAUGUGCAAUAUCAGUCAAAAGGUUGGGAUCCUUUGCAAACAUGUAGAUAUGUGUCCUUGUUAGAAAGUUGUACGCAGAUGUGCAAAUUAGCCUGCAGGACACCAGUUGUUAACAAUCACACUAAAAAGCUUGAAGCAAAUCAUGAUCAUGAGGAUGAAGUGGGUCAUGAUGUAGAUGAGGAUGAAGUUCUUGAUAGGCAUGUUGGAAAUCCAGCUGUUGUUAGAACCAAAGGGUGUGGCAGGGGUGGUUCAAAACCCAACUUAGGAGGUAGGCGCAGGUUUCAUUGUGGUAUUUGUGGGGGAUUGGGUCACAAUCGUAAAACCUGCUCAAUGGGUAAUCAAGCAAAUAUUGUGCAAAUGACUGAUGGUGUCCAAAUAUUUUAAUGUUGUCCAAAUAAUCUCUACCCAUAAUUUGGUCAAAAGCUUAGUUCUUGUAACUUAUGCAGUUAUGCUCAAACCAUUAUUUUGUGAUCUCAAAACGAUACCUAAACACAUGCCUAUGGCUUUCCUGAUAGAGUUCCAUUUAGACCCAGAAAUUAACAUAUGUCCAAUGUUAUUUAUGGACCCAUAAAACCAGGAGUACUGCACGCACAAAGGAAUGGCUCCGGUGGAAAGUUAAAGUUUGGCGUACUGGCCUCCAUACCACGAGCAAAUAUUGAUUGAUAACACAUGCAAAAUGUUUGAUUGGAAAAAGAAAAAAAAAAACUACAAUGUCAUCUGAUU